AUGGGGCAGUUCUACAUAGAAAACAAGACUGUAGGCGACGCGCAAAACUCCGAAGACUGGCGCAUCCGGGGAUACAACCCUCUCACGCCCCCCGACCUCCUCCAGCACGAAAUCCCACAAACCGCCAAGUCAAAGGAGACCGUGCUUCAAGCCCGCAACGAGGCCGUCGAGAUUGUUCAAGGCAAAGAUGCACAGCGCAGACUCCUCGUCGUCAUCGGACCAUGCUCGAUACACGACCCGAAAGCGGCGCUCGAGUACUGCGAUCGGCUGCUCACGCUGAAGGAGAAGUACAAGGAUGACCUGCUCAUCGUUAUGCGGUCGUAUCUGGAGAAGCCGCGGACGACGGUGGGGUGGAAGGGCCUGAUCAAUGACCCGGAUAUCGACAACACGUUCAAGAUCAACAAGGGGUUGAGGGUGUCAAGACAACUGUUUGUGGACCUGACAGAGAAGGGCAUGCCCCUGGCAAGCGAGAUGCUGGACACCAUUUCGCCGCAGUUCCUCGCGGAUCUGCUGAGUGUGGGCGCUAUUGGCGCGAGGACGACGGAGAGCCAGCUUCAUCGUGAGCUGGCGUCCGGUCUCUCCUUCCCGGUCGGCUUCAAGAAUGGCACGGACGGGAGUCUGGAGGUGGCGAUUGAUGCCAUUGGGGCUGUGAAGCAUCCUCAUCACUUCCUGUCUGUUACGAAGCCUGGCGUGGUUGCGAUCGUGGGCACAGUAGGCAACGAAGACUGCUUCGUGAUCCUGCGAGGCGGCAAGAAGGGCACGAACUACGAUGCAAAGAGCGUGGCGGAGGCCAAGGAGAAGUUGGCGAAGGCUGGCACGAACUCCCGGCUCAUGGUCGAUUGCAGCCAUGGCAACUCGGAGAAGAACCAUAAGAACCAGCCGAAGGUUGCGCAUGCGCUUGCUGAGCAGAUUGCUGGUGGCGAGACGGGCGUUAUGGGCGUCAUGAUCGAGAGCCAUAUCAAUGAGGGCAACCAGAAAGUACCCAAAGAGGGCAAGGAGGGCCUGAAGUACGGCGUGAGCAUCACAGACGCGUGCAUUGGCUGGGAAGACACCGAGACAGUGCUCGAGGAGCUGGCGACUGCGGUGCGCAAGCGGCGAGAUGUUCUGGGCGUAAACGGACAUGCUUAG